AUGUCAUCAUCCGAACCAGGUCGCCCACGCAAUCUUUUCGAUACAUUGCGAACAUUAGUCAAAUCUGAGAAAGAUGAUACAAUUUCGCGUACACGAAAUGCGUCUCAUGGUAAUGACAGUAAUAUUUCAUUAUUAAUCAAGCCUGAGGCUAAUGAUACAUCGACAUCUCAUGUACACUUUAAUGAUCAAACUGUUAACAGCAGCAAUAAAACUGUUGGUUCUAUGCUGAUUCAUGAUGGUGAUCAUGCUGAUAACUUGUUGAAUCAGAGAACAGGUAUUUGCAAAGCCAUUUCAUCAGUCAGGAAUGAUAUUCAGAUUUCACCAAAUCCUGCUCCAGGUCCUUCACAGAGUGUAUGUAUAUCAAAUGUAAUUGGUGCUAGUGCUGAUUUUAUAAAUUCUAAGUAUAAAUCGCCGACCACGUCUUGGAAUUCCUCAACUCAGAAUAGCUGUUCUAGUGAUACCUCUGGUUCACAAAUGGGGGAUUUCCAUGCACUAUCUGUUUCGUCUAGGCGUAUGACCGUUAUUCAAGAAACACCUCACGGUACUCAUCACUAUCCUUCGAUUCCUCUGAGUUUAUCAACUAAUGGUCUUAGCGAGUCAUAUAACGAUGAUCCCGUUUUACGAGAGUAUAUUCAUAAAAAAUGUACACUACUAAGAUACCCUAUUCAGUUGGCCUUGGCAAUGUCGAAGUUGUGUUCACCAUCAAAAUUAUGUACAAUAUCUGGCAAACAAAUAAAUCCCUCAGAGUUUAAUAAGAGUUCACCUCGUCACCUUUCCGACCACGGUUACAUGGAGAUUGAUGCUAGCCAUUUUACUCUAAAUCCAUCUGCAAUACUUGCUAAAAAUAAUACUGUAAUGAUUAGUAAUAUGAACCGGCCCCGAACAAAGGCUCAAUUACGUCAUCUAAAUGUUAACAAAUCAAGUCACUCAUCAGAUAAGACAACACAAGAUUUCGCUUCACAAUCUAAAAAUAAAAUCACACAAUCAAAGGAAUCUCAAAGGCUUACACCAAUUACGAAUGAAUCAGAUGUAAUUGAAAUUCUUUCCGAUGAAGAGGAAAAAUGUGGUCCAUCCACACCACAUUACAAAAAUCCUUGUGUUCUUAAAAGCCGCCAACUUCGUCACCGAUCUCAUCAGUUUUCUAAGAGUCUCCGGAAAACAACCAGACUGUCUACAUUAUACAGGUCCCAAGUUACCCCUAACUAUAAAUGGAAAUUGCGGUCAACAGAAGAUUCUGUUGGAAUUCGAUUAGUUUCUUCACUUGAUUUCGAUAGAGAUCCAAAAGCGAAACUAUCACAGACUCCACAUUGGGUUUAUACUUAUGCAUCAAGAUAUGAAAAAAGUGAAAUGAAAUCUCAUUUGUUACUUGGAGAUGUCUUACGAAUUUUAUAUUUAUUACUAGUAAAUCGUAGAAAUCAAUUAGUUUUAAGAAAUGUUUUAAAACACUGUCGACAUUAUUGUCGUAGAAUACCUUCAGGUGAUAUUCAUAUUUAUACAUCAACUGGUUUAUCACCUUUAAGAUCGAUUUCUUUACCACACUAUUCAUGCACCAUUUCAAAAUCUACUCCACUAUUUAUUGUACACUGGUAUUCUGAUAAUAUUUUAAAAGAAAUAUUAACUGUUACGUACAGUUGUUUGCCAUUACAUGAAACUUGGUACGAUUGUUGUCCAAAAAUGUUACUACAUACAUUAUCAUAUUUAAUUUUUAAACCAGAUGCAAAAAAGCGUAUUUUAAGCUUUGCAAAAACCUUCUCUAUUAAACCUGGACAAAUGCCAAGUGCGUUUUCAUUGUUACCAAUCGUGCGAACAAACGAGAACGAUUCUACGAAAUGUUCAUCACUUGAUAACCUACAUGGUGGCCAUCAUGAUUUGGAAUUGUAUACAAAGUUAUCUGAUUGUCUUCCAAAAUCACUUACAACUAUACUGAAAACGAAUUUCGGUUUGCCCGUUUAUCAUAUUGCAGGAUUUGGACUGCUUAUUAAUUCUUUUCAUAACACUUGCAUUCAUGUUUUUACUGAUACCAAGCCAAGUGUGCAUUACAAUUUGAAUGUCCCGUUGAAUGAACAGUUAUUCGUUAAUUUGUUCAUUACCAUGCAACAUUUACAUCAAGCUGUAUCUGUUUGUUUGUGCAGACUACGUGAUUCUUAUGCAUCGCUUAUGUCAGCUGGUGCCUGUCUAAGAGCAAGAUAUGAACUUUCAAAAACCCACUGUAACGAUACUCUACAAUUGUCUUAUUUACGUAUUGCUCGAGGUCGCGCACGUCUUUUCGAAUCAGAAGCCGUUGCUCGAGAUAAUAUUGGUCGCAUAUUUAAUGAAGAGGUUAACCCUCAUAUUCUUAAUCUAAUAAACCUAUUGGAACGUAUAUACCAUAGUUUACGUCACUUAACUGGAAAUACUUUCUUAUUUGGUCCAUUUUACAAUCAGAAUAUUAUGUCUUACAAUGAUGGAAACUUGACUUUACUAAACUCCAAACAAUGGGUUGUCGAGUCGCUCAAAUAUGUGAAAAAACUAGCUCAUUUGUCAAAUGUAAUACCAAAGUUUAACUUUUCUCUCUUUAUUGAAACAUCUUUUCAUCUAUUAGAAUAUCUAACUAUUGAUGUAACUAAACAUCUUCAUUUAGUUAUGGAAAAAGUGUUAUCUUUCAAGAAUCAACUAUCACAGACCUAUACAUCCAUUACUAACUCUUGGAUUCCAGCUUACAAAGGUUUAUCCACUGAAGUUAAUUCACGUGCUGAUAUUGACUUGAAGUAUUUCUUUUCAUCACUGCAAAGCCAGUAUGAUGUAAUUGAGGUUUGGGCUCGACGUCAGCAUGAAACAGAAUUAAGAUCUAUUGGUAACGAAAUGAUAAACCUUCUCAAGAUACUUGCUAAAUGCUGGAAUUGUCAGUGGCUAUAUAGAAAUUUGAAGUUACCAUGUCCUGUUUUAAGUAUUCCAUAUGGUUCCAAAAAUAAUUCAUCUCAUUUAUUUCUGAAAGAGCCUGGCAUAAUUUCGUUAUCGUCUUGGCCACCAGUUCAUCCCAGUUUUAUUCUUACUCAACAUAUAGUCCAAACAAACUCACAGGAACACACCAAUCAAAACGUUAGUUCUCUCAGCAAUGAUACACAGGAGUUUGUCUACUCAAAACUGACAUUUUCGCAAGAUACUUCGACUAGAAUAUCCAGUUCUAACCUAAAAACAGAAUUACCUUCCAUGGUUAAUAAUAAAAGCCAUAAGGCUGGUGCAUGUCAUUUUUCACCGAGCAAUAAUUUUGUUUGUGAAACGCUGUCUAGUGAGCAGGUUAGUGUUACUUCAGAUUUAAGUGUUAAAUCUCCUGUACCGCAAACUGUUAGUUAUCAUUUUCCUAGCUGUCCACCUGAUAUAAAUAUUCUCACCCCUUCUGACCAAUUUCUUCCAGUUGAUAGCACGACAAAUACAUCCACGUUCGCAUCAUCAGAUCUUCGCAGUCAUCGAACUACUGAAAAUUUACUUACUCAGCCAACUUUAAAAAACAACUCGAAUUUGCUGAACUCAGAUAUUAGAGAAACUAACUACCAUGAUUCAUCUUUUGUUAGUGUGAAUAAUCUUUUAGUCACUGACGUCAGUAACAGUAGGCUGGAGUUUGAUUUAACAGACACCAAUAAAAAAUCGUCUAAAGAAGCAACACUGAUGGAAUCAUGUGUUCAAAAUUUGUGUGAACCUUGCCAGAAUCACCCUACAUCCAAUUUGAGUGACAAUGAAUCAAAAAAAGAUACCUAUUCAGUUGAUACACAAUAUUGUAAUGCUCAUAGUGAGACUAAUGUUAAUCAGGAUUGUCAGAUUACAAAUGAUAUUUCACCACCUGUCGAGUGCUUACUCACAGUCUCUCAAGAUAAUGACCCAUUACUUCAGAACAAUGUACGAAUAUCAUAUACACCAACUUUCAAGAACUUGAUAGCAUGCGAUACCAAUCAAAUCGAGAACGGCUAUUCAGAUCAGUCUUCAGUUGUAGUAAAUCAUCCGAUCAUAUCUCCAAAUGUUGCAAAUACAGUCAUUUCAAACUCAUCAACCUUAUCGAACUCACUACAAAAGACUUGUAAUGGACAUGCUAAAAUACCCCCACAUACAUCUCCAUCCAUUUGUGAUAAAGAUAUCAUCACUGAAAAUAGAGCUUUUCCUACUAUUUCUCCCAAGAAUGCUGAUAUUCAGAACGCAAAGUCCAAAUUUUCUCAGCCCCCACGAGAUGUUCACGAUCGGAAUGGUUCGCCAGAUAAAAGUGUUCCCAUCUCAGGUUCAAAGUCUGAUCUACCCAUUUCCUCAAGCUCAUGCGACCCAGUCUCCACAAAUUCCAAAACUUGUGAUCAUCACGCAAUGAAUCCCUUUUCGGGAGAUGCUUUUGCGAAAUCACAAAGAUGUUCAUGUCCUCCUCUAGAAGAAAAUAAGGCUAGUAAUAAUUUCAGUUUCGUUAAUAAUAAAACGAGUGAGCUAGUAGGAUCUACUGACAUGUGUAAAAAGCAGUCGAAAGAAAAAUCUAUUAAAAAAGUGUGUAUUUACCUACCGGAUAAUGCUAUUACUAAUUCUCCUACUAAAGAUAUUGUGUCUCAUUGUAAUAGUGAAGAAAAUCAUGAAGUAUCCGACGAACCAGAUAAUUGUAUAAUAUCCCUUGACAGACGACGAGCUGGGAAGCUUAAACGAAGGUUAAAAAAAAUUAACCACUCGACAUUCGAAAUACAAACAUCCACUAAUUCCUCUGAUACCUCAGACACUUCUCAAAUCAUUCUUGUAAAUAGUAGCGAAAGAGCUUCCAAAGAUAUACAAACAAUAAAUAAUAUAUGUUACAAGCCGAUCACUAACAGUAGUCUUACGUUUGAGGGAACUCUGCUUAAUUCAUAUAAUUUAACUAACAUCGAUGAAACCCACUCAGUAAAUAACAUUAAACCUGUUACUCCUUGGCCAAAAGAGAAAUCUUUGCAUCCGCAAGCUCCUGGUCCAGUCACAGCCGCUAUAUUAGGCCAGUCUGUUCCCGUAUUAUCUUCUGAUAUUUCAAUUGAUCUAACUGUUGAUGAUUAAAAUAGGCUUAUUGUUAACAUUAAAUAGCAUCUAAACUAAGUACCGAUCAGAACAUCCAUUACUUACAAAAAUUUGUGUAUAAUCUUGUACAUAUUUAUUGCUCUCCAAUUCUAUACCAAGAUUCAUUUUAUGCAUUUCACUGAAUUUUAUUCUGCGUCAACUAUUUUUAUAGCUUCAUUUUAUGAUACAUUUAUUUAAUUCUACAGGGUUUUAAUUAUGUAACGAAUUCCUUGUGGCAUAAUUUUUGUCAAUUUUACCAAUAAAAUAGUUCAUUUUCUCGAGUGUGUUGCCUCAUCCCUGGGUUUUCAUGCUCUGAAACCGACCGUAAAUAACUUAAGACAUGGAUAUGUACCGGCUCGUUACCACAUUAGAUUAUCUGAGAAAUUCAACAAAGAGGAGUCAGAAUGAAAAUAGCAGUGGACAAACUAAACUGGAUGAUUAUUUGAAAUAUAUGAAUUAAUUCAUUAAUAUAAACUACGUAAUAAUGCUAAACUCAAGAGUAAGAAGAAUGAGAACUGCAACUAAUUUAUUGCUUUAUCAUCCAGACUUUGAACAGUUAUCUGUUAAGCCUGAAUGUGAGGAGGUGUAGACCUCCCCACACAUCCUAGUUCAAAAGUUAGUGACUCUGUGGACUGAUACCAUAUCUGGCCGCCGCUAGUCCCCUCGUUCCUUCGGUACUGACGACCAUUACAUGUUGCGUAAGGCACACGUACCGUGGCUUUUCGUCGCACUUACUGUUAUUGCUUCUGUGCUCAUUUUGUUGAUUUUUUAUCCAGCCAUCCUAGUGCUAUGUCAACUUGGGUCCUAACAGUGAUUAACCACCAGAAAACAUUAGUCAAGAUGGAACCAAAAAUACAGACCUCCAUUCUACUGACCUCGUGCUCUAAUAUAUAGGAGGCAAGAUUUCAGUCCCUGAGUAUUGUUCCCUAGUGUCUUUAACAUACGUCCUAAAGAAGGAAGCGAACAAAUAUUCACUAUUAUAAACAGAUUAUACGGUUUCGCAAAACUCCUGAGUUAGAUAACAAACGUAGCCGAUCAUCGGUGUCAAUACUCCAGUUAUUGAUGAUACUUUAUGGAAUUGGAGUUAAAUGACUUGCGAGUUUUGGACAUAUUUCCAAAUUUAUUUUAGUUGCAAAUUUUUCCGUGGUACCGUAUUGUUCUUAUUGAUUUGUGAAAUCUUGCCCUCUAAAAAUUCUGGCUGAGAUUGAGACGACUGCGGCUUUUUUCCUUCCAACUGGAUUUUGAAGAUAUAACCAUAAAUAUAAAAAAAGAUAGUAAUUGUUUUAAGUACUAUCGAAA